GCAAAGUUUGCUAUCAUUACUUGCUUAUCUUGUGAAAAGAUCCAAUGGCAGACAGAGUAGAGCACCGAAUUUCUCAGCAGCACUCUCUCCCAAACUCUCCUCUCCUGAGGAAGAGGAAGAAGAUACGGAGACGGUCCCGUCCUGAGGUGUACGAUCAGUCAGCACCUGUUCCUGCCUCUCCAUCCCUCACUUCCUUGAGCUGUUCCUCCAGCGACAGCGAAUGUGAGAGCAAUAGAGAAGAAGAAGAGGAUCCUCUGCCUGACAAAGACGGCCAGUCAGUCACAGUUAAACAAGCCCUGGAGGGUCUAUUUUAUAACAAAGCUGUCCAACUGGUUCACCACCAUGAACUCAUUAUUGUAAAACGAUAUUCCCAUGGAAAGACAUUUGGACAAAGGCUAGCAUAUGUCCUCUAUAAACAUCCAAAAACACGUCUCAUUGCACAUUUUGGCGCACUUUUAUUGAACAUUAUCAGCUGCAUCCUCUACGUUGCUGAAGCUAUAUAUAUCGAUAGAUUACUGAAAAGUGCUGAUGAAGAGGAGUUUAUACUGGGCUGCUUCAACCAGACAUGGGUGAACAUAACGGAGCCUUCUUAUUUAAAUCUCCUAAUUAUUCCUAAAGAUUAUACUCUCUGGUCAUUACAGUUGUUUUUAGCGUUGAUUUGUUUAAUUGGAGCAUUUACUGUCAUUUACGUACACCAGGAGCCAUACGGUUCAGUUCCUGUUUUAAGACAUGUCUUUAGAUACAUGACUCACAGUAUUGUCAUAUGUGUGCUAAUUGGGUUAGCAUUCUUUGUCACCCUACUAAUGCCGCAGUGUCUCCAUAUUCUUUGGAUUCCGACGUUCCUCUUUUGUUGGCCGGCAAGACACAACUUCAUGUAUAUAGUACAGCAGAAAAGUGAAGUAUCGUUCUUUAGGUCCUUCCACGGCUUCCGUACUACAGCAAUCAGCCUGGCAACCUUCCUUCUCUGUUUCAUGUUCUCGUGUCUGUGUCUCAUUCAUCAUUUUGAGCGGCUGGGUAAAAAGAUAUCUCUGUUUGAUACCUACUGGUUUGUGGUCGUUACCUUUAGUACUGUGGGGUAUGGGGACAUUAGCCCCGCCCACUGGACAGGGAAGGUCAUUAUAACGAUAUUCAUAAUAGCGGCUCUGAUGUACCUCCCACCUAAGGUUGAUAAACUAUGGAGAUCCUUCACGUUACAUCGUAAACACUACAAGCAGUACAACAAAGCUAACAUCACUAAACACGUGGUACUAGCAGCUGUGGACCUUAAGCCGCUCGUACUGAGGGACUUCCUCAGUGAACUCUACUCCGACCCUGGACAAAUGGAUACUCAAGUUGUUGUUCUUAUUAAAGAAGAACCUGCCGAUUAUAUCAAAGCCAUUCUAUUGCAUCCGAUAUGGUCCCAGAGGGUAGCCAUUUUGAGAGGAACUGCUUUGAGACCAAGCGACCUAGCAAGAGUCAAGCUAAGAACGGCUGAUGCUUGUUUCCUUCACUCAUCAAGAACUGGGAGGGCAGCUGAUGCUGACCAACACACCAUCAUGAGUGCUUGGACUGUUAAGAACUACGCUCCAAAGACACGCCUCUUUGUACACGUCAGACAACCAGAGAGCAAAUUCCAACUAAACAUAGCAGAUGAGGUGAUAUGUGAUGGAGAAUUGACCAGUGCUGUCCUAGCACUAAACAGUGUCUGUCCAGGACUACUGACACUAUCAGCUUUACUAGUCCACACCUUCACUUAUGAGGGCCGUCGGUUCAAUAUUCCGGAGUACAAGAGGUAUGAGGAGUGCUCACCGGUUGAGAUAUACCACGUGAAACUCGGAGAGAGCAGAUACUUUCAUCGUUUCGCUGGAAAGAACUUUUUAUUCACUUCUGUAGUAGCUUAUAGAAAGUUCCACGUCCUCUUGUUAGGGAUAUGUCCGUCAGGUGGUACUGAUAUAUUGUUCAACCCUGGGAUCAACCACAUUAUGGAUCGUAAUGAUGAGUGCUACUACAUCAGUGACACUCAUGAGCAUAACUCCGACCAUCAGAUCAUACCUGCUAGCACCUUCCAGUCCAGUUUAUGGAGGACAUCAGCUACUCUCGGUCUACUGGCCAUGUACAUAUCAGGUAUUGAUCCAGACCAGAUGUUCCACCAGACCCAGGAGUAUGAGGAGAGAGACUCUGACAACAAGGGGGGGUUUCCUCGCUCAGCGUCCAACGAUAGACUCAAGAAGUUGUCAUCACCCGAUUCUAUUCCUGAGAUACAAGUGGAAGGUGUGGCCAGCGGUCUCUCGUUAACUGAGGAGGUGGGGCUACCAUCAAUUGGAGAGGAGGAGGAGGUCCUUGAUGAGCAGCUAGCGGUUGAAGUUACGAACUGGCAGCAUGACGUACAGCAUGGUCUCCAGUUAUUGAAGUAUCAUGGGGAGGGGGAACUACCCGAGAGGAAACCAUGUGUGAAGCUGUCAGUGAAGAGCCAUUUUGAAGGUCACCAUUCACCACGGUCCCAUUCACUACCAGUGGCAGCUACUACUUGUACAGUAAUGGAGCCACACCCCCUGGCACACCCCCUACCAUCGCUAGGAGUGAUACCGGAGGAUGAACCUGAUGUGAUUGUGAUUGGAGAGGAAGAGCCACACCUCCUGUCCCACCUCCAGAGGGUAGGGGAUAAGCAGCAGCACAGCUCAGGAGGAGGUGGAGGGAAGCACAGGGUUCAUAGUCAGCCGGCUUUGUUUCACUUUGGAUUCAACAAGAGACAGUCGGAGUCCAAACAUGAUGAUCACCUCCUCAAAGCUAAGAAACACUCUCUCAAACUCCACGACAACACUUCAAUGAAGUCCUAUGUAUCGUCCAAUGCGAGUGUUAAAAGUGACAUGUCUAAUCACAGCAUUGACGAUGUGGUAUCUCUUGAAGUUGAGGAUCUCUCUGAUAUUGAGGAACUAGAGGACCUUGAGGAAGGACGUCAGCACGAGACAGAGGGAGGGUUCAUAUCUGAAGCAGAGACUGAGUCUAUCGGUACCCCGUCAGUCAUUGGGUCACCAUUACAUCAUCAUCAUCAUCAUCACCAUCAUCAUCAUAAUAAUAAUGAUGUCUUUAAUGUUGAGUAUAAUGAAGAUGUACCGCCUAUCCCUUACUGUGGCUGUGAGCCACUCAAAUGUCACCUCAUGAAGAAUGCUAGGACUUAUGAGGAUAUCAUUAUUGACAGGUCAUUUAUUGGUGAAGACAUCACAAGGCAGUGGUACCAUCAUGCCAUCAUCGUUUAUUCUGAUGUUGUAUCUGACGGUCUCUUCCACUUCAUUACUCCAUUAAGAGCGGCUUAUCUGCCUCCUUCUUCACUGAAGCCUAUUGUAUUUCUACUUGGAAACAUGCCAGAGAGACACUUCAUUUCAACAAUUUCACAACUUCCAAUGAUCUACUUCAUGGUAGGAUCAAUAUCAAGUACAUCUGACCUGCUAAGAGCUGGUAUCAUGGUGGCUGAGAGUUUGGUUGUUUUUUCCUCAAACAAGAUGAGACAGUCUGAUGAAGGGGAGCACCUGGCAGACGCUGAACACAUUACUGCUAUAGAGAAGAUAGCCAGGUUGUUUCCACAUGUGAAGAUAUCCUGUGACAUCAAGUACAGGUUCAACAUUAGGUUCAUUAGGACGACGCCUUUCGAAGACCUCUGCAUGCAGAGGCUGAGACACAUGGCUCGUAAAGUGGAUCACUUGACCUACCUCUUCCUACCUCAGUUUGCCUCAUCCAAAGCAUUCUCCAGUUCAAUGCUGGACACUCUCCUCUACCAGUCUUACCAGAAACCUUACAUCAUUAAACUCUUCCGGCAACUCCUCGGCUGUACUCAAGUCAAAGGCUCAGGGUUUCUAUGGAAGGUUCCUGUCAAUAAUGAAUUGGCUAAGCUACACACUUAUGUAAGAGUCUUCCAGAGACUCGUCGCUUCAUUCAGCUUCACUUCAAUGGCUUUGUAUCGGACAGCAAACGUUGAUCAUAAUAUUGAUCCUCAGUAUGUGAAAGGAUAUUGUGAGGAAGAGCUGGAAAAGUUGAGACUGUUUUUGAUUAGUGAACUCCACAGUUUAGGGAUAAAGAGAAAUGUUGAGCCGUUGAAAAGACCGUCGACUCAGCAGUUUCUAUACGUGAACCCUCCCCCCGACUUCCCAGUGAUUGAAGGUGACAUCAUACUAGGUAUUCGUCCUCCCCUUAGCAACAAGCCGCCGCCCCCUAGCGACGAUGUUAAAACCGAGCCUUUCUCCCCACCUCCAGCCAGUCAGAUCAGUGAACUGGUUCGUGCUUACUCAGCAUCAGCUUUCUAUGGAGGGGGCAGUCCCAUACCCACGGCCAUGCCCCUAGGCCCUGGGGGUGUGGUCCUGCAGGAUACUAGACUUCAUUUUGGUUUAAUGCGCAAGUUCAGUUUCACAGGCUCACUCCCCCAGCAGCAUCAGACCAACACUGGGAGCUGCUCCGCUGAUUCUUGCGAUAUGUGAUUCGGUUGUCAUGACAACAUAAUCAUUUAACUUCUAAAGUCAUUCUCUAUCUCUCUCAUGUGUUGAUGGAUUUUGUUGUUAAAUUUUGUCUGUCAAUUCGGUUUUAUAAUCAUGUCACUCACAGUUUCGUCUUUAAUCCCCUUCUGUUCAUAAUAAUUGUAUGAUAGUGUUAGUUCAUUUUAAUGUUUCAUUAAUAAAUUAAA